CUCACUCCCCCUCCCUAUGGUCCAUCCUCCCCCCACCCACACGCCUUUCACAAGCAAGCAAUGAGGUAAUCCCUAGCAGCCUCGUGAAGUGCAGCAGCAAGUGCGGUGAGAGGAGCAAGAACAGCGGCCGGCGUCAUGUCAGGAGCCGUGAUAUGCACUGACUCUUAUCACUUUUCACAUGUUAGCAGCUAUCUCCUCUAGCUGAUCUGGUUAGCUGCUGACAAGCUCUAGCUUUGACAGUUUUUUUUGUAGCUCUUUUUGUACUGAGGGGGUCACUAUGUGGAGGGGCUAUUAGACUGGGCAAAGCAGGGGUGGGACAGGCUUAGCCCAGAGGCUCGGGGGCUUAUAUUGGACACGCCGAGGUGGGGUGAAGAGACAGAAGAGGCAAAAAAGGACAAGAGAGGACGUGAGCGGAGAAAUUAGGGGAAAGGUGUGUGCCCACCAUGACGGAAAGGUGCAGUCUGUGGAGCGCACUGUCGGCUGCAGCAUGCUGCUUCUACCGGGGAUCCUUCAUGCAGGUGCAGUUCUCCAAGGAGAAGUACUUGCUGGAGUCUCCACCCGAGAAGCUGCGUAAGGAGCUGGAGGAGGAGCUGAAGUUGAGUCCUGCUGACAUCAGGAGCCAUGGCUGGUACCAUGGACACAUACCCAGAGAGGUGUCAGAGACUCUGGUGCAGCAUCACGGAGACUUCCUGGUGCGUGACUCUCUGAUCAACUUGAGUGACUACGUGCUGACCUGUCGGUGGGAUAACGAGGUGUUGCACUUCAAGAUCGGCAAAGUCCUGGUCAAAUCCAGCGACACCAAGGUGCAGUAUGUGCUGGAGUCAGACAGUUUCGACUCGGUCCAGGAGCUGGUGCGCUUCUACGCGAGUCAGCGCAAAGCCAUCUCACAGUCCAGCGGCGUCCACAUCUACUGUCCAGUGAGCCGGACCCUCCCGCUGCGCUACCUGGAGGCCACCUUCGCCCUGUCCGGUGGAAAACACGGCUGCGCCUACUCGCCGUCCAAUCAGAGGGGAGCGUACAUCAAGAGGCGGAGCGUCACCAUGAUGGACGGGCUCACGACGGAGAAGAUGAUGCCUCACAGUGACUCAGACAGUCCCAGUCCAGUUGAGACACCAGUGGCACCACCGGAACCACAGCUGCAACCUGUGCCCAAAUGCAGCCCUUCCACCAUCCACCACCACAAAGACGCAAUGAGGAACUGUGCGAUGAGCAUGGACCAGAUUCAGGAGUACCGCUGCCCCUUGUCGCCUGUCGGCGAGACGCCGAUGUCUCCUGCCUAUUGUGCAAUCACCAGACAGAGAGCCCACUCAGGUGGGCGAGUCCUGGCUGUGGUGCCACCUUCCCCCGUCACGAGGCGUUCCAGCGACCCUCAGCUCAGCCCCUCUUCCAGCAACAACCCUCCAGAACAUCCCGCCCACGUCUCUCACUCGGCCCACUCCUCUCCGGCCCAUCAUCCCGGUGUCCAGUCGUACUCCUCCGAAAUAGCGGGCAGCUACUGCGACCUCAGACCUUGCCCUGCCGGACCCCCUAAACCCCCCACCAAGAGCUACGUGGAGCGGUUGCGGGUGGAGGAAGGGAAGAACGAAGGCGCGAGGGAGGAAGGAGAUGGGAUGUGCAGCGCUCCAAAGGUGGAGACCGCUUCCUUGUUCCGACCAUCCAGGUAUGAGUCUUGCAUCAUGCCUGCUGACAAUAAACCUCUGGAGAUGUCUGUGCUGAAGAGAGUGAAAGAGCUGCUGGCUGAAGUGGAUGCCAGGACGGCGGCUAAACACAUCACCUUGGUGGACUGCACGAUUGCGAGAAUACUGGGUGUCAACUCAGAGAUGCAAAGGAUGAUGGGAGUGUCCUCGGGCUUGGAGUUACUCACACUACCUCACGGACACCAGCUGAGACUUGACCUACUGGAGAGGUUCUACACCAUGUCUAUCGUGAUGGCCGUGGAUCUGCUCGGCUGCACGGGAAGCACUGAGGAGCGGGCGGCCCUGCUCCAUAAGACCAUCCAGUUGGCGGCCGAGCUGAAGAGCAACCUGGGUAACAUGUUUGGCUUCGCUGCUGUGAUGAGGGCCUUGGAGCUGCCGCAGAUUUCCCGCCUGGAGCAGACGUGGGUGACAUUACGCCAGAGACAUACUGAAGGUGCCAUCCUGUAUGAGAAGAAGCUCAAACCUUUCCUGAAGAAUUUGAACGACGGAAAAGAGUCCAGCAUUGUGUCCAGCACCACCUUCCCGCACAUUAUCCCUGUCCUGUCUUUGCUGGAGCGAGGCCUGGCCCUCGGAGAGGUGCUGGAGCCAUGGGAGAGCGGCGAGGUGGGCGUCGAUGUGGUCAUGCACCACCUGGAGGCGGCUCGAGCUGUCGCGCAUUACGGUGCGAUUUACAGGAGCAAUGUGGAAAGCAAAUUGCAGGGAUUCCAGGUGCAAGCCGACAUUCACGAGAUCUUCCAGACGGAGUUUCAGAUGCGUUUGCUGUGGGGGAGCCGCGGAUCCGAGGGGAGCCAGCUGGAGCGCUACGAGAAGUUCGACAAGGUCCUCACCGCCCUCUCGCACAAGCUCGAGCCUCCGGUGCGCCACAGCGAGCUAUAGCGACAAUAGUCACAAAAAAGACACCCUGCAUCUGCACUUACCACUCCGAAGUGGUCUUGUCUUGCAUGGCCAAAAAGGGGGACACGGAGUAGUGCGGGUGGACCACUGUGAGUAGAGAGGCAGCUAAAAGUACAGCGAGAUGUCACUUGCUACACAACACGCACUCACUGCGGACUCACUGCAAACUAGCACUGUGGAAGUCCUCACUUCUCCCUAAAAUGUCCAUGAGAGGAGACAAGACGAUGAGUAUGGUGUCCCCUGAGGGACAAUAUGCAGCGUUUGGCUUUGCUCCGCACACACAGAUGCUUCCCUGCUGUCUCACACUGUAGUAGAAAUGACGGCUAAUGAUCUUAAUUAGAUCAUAAUGUACAUGUCUUUCUGUGUAUGCGUGUGUGUAAAUCAUGUGAACAUUCCUUUAUUUCCUACUUAUUUUGUAAAGGAUCUCCAUCCAUUAAGGGCAUUUGGUUUCGCAAACCUUGUGACAAGUGGGAAGGAGCCAUAAAAGCUCAUUCAGGAUGGAGCAGUUCCAUCAAAUAUGUAUCAGCCACUUAUUAGUACAUGAAUCCCAAAUAAAGAAGUAGAAGUCUAGGCUUUGAGAGUUGUUCAAAACAACCGGGGUACAGCCACCAUGCUUGUGUGUGUGCGCUAAAUGUUGCUAAAAGCAGUAUUAAGUGAGGCAAGGUUACUUUAAAAGCCCCAUGUAUGUUUUAUUUACAGCAUAAAUCCUUAUAAAAAAGACUAGUGAUGGGCAUUUGGACAAAUUAACAAAUUUAUUAUUUCAUUUUUUUUAUGCAGAGGGAGACUGCAUGUUUUCACCUCCUGUUUCAAAGCGUGUCCUGUUCAGCUGUUAUUUCAACCAGAAACCACAAUGUAGCCAGUCCCCGCCCAGCCCGAAGGUGAGACGGUGUCCCCUGUUUGGUGGAAAGGAGGGCGGAUAGGGGCGCCCGACAAGUGAACGAUAAGGGGAGCACCCGGAGAGCAGCCACGAGGCAUGAGAGGGGAGCCCCCACACCAAUGCAAGUGUUGUGUCUGGAUGUAGCACAACUGCCCGGAGAUAAUCUGUUGUUCUUGAGAAUGUAAAAGCAACACCGCCUUCAGUAGGGCACUCCAUUUUGCCUCAAUUAUGCAAAUAAUCAACAAUCAAUUCCGCAAAAAUCGAUAAAAAGGAUUGAACAUUGGUUUACAGUGUAAUCCCCCGCCUUACAAAAGGACUUUAGCAUUUCUUGAAUAAUUCAUAUUAAAGGUUCUAAAUGAAUCUCAUGAAACAGAUUAAACUGAAAACUUUCUAAAUAAAACAAACUGUAUUUCUAAAAACAAACUAUGUAAUGCUUCUUGGAUGCACCCAGUUUGUGAUAAUUCAAUUAAAUAUAAGAAAAGGUAUAAACCACAAGUUGGGAUCACCUACUGCUCAAAACAAAUCAAGGGAACAGCCAAAUCCCAAAUCCAAGAUCUCGUUGAAUGAAAUAUUCUAGGUGAAAAUACUUUUUUUAUUAAAACAAUUAAUUUGUUAAGCUCGAAAGUACCAAUGAUUAAUGGAAAUCCAAAUUUUAGAAUCGUAUUGUGCCUCCCCUGAUGUUGGGGCCUGUCUCUUGGUAUCUCAUGAUUUACCAUCCUGGAGGAGUUGCACAAGGAAAAAUGCAAAAUUAGCCAGCAAUAUUGGCUGACACAGGAGUGGACAGGUAUCCUGGAAGUGCAACUGACUUGGGAGUUACACUGUGAUUGAUGAUUAUGUGUUCCCUUUAUUCUUUUCAGCAGUGUUUUUGAAUACUUGGAGAGUAAUUGGUUCCUGGUUCAUGAUAACAAUAGUAGCUACUGUAUAGGGAUGGGCGUUUGACUAGAUUUCCUCGAUCUUGAUAUAGCGCAAAUCAAUUUAACUCUGUAAAUAUUCUGAGCUCCUAUUUCCAUGCAUGACAUAGUUUGGGUGUUAUUCGACUUCCCAGACAUCAUGUCGCUCAUCUUUAAGCAGAUUACACACAGAAAUCUUUAACAUCUGAACUCACUUUUUAAAUGUGAGAGACUCCAAAAAUAACUUGGGGGGGGGGGGGGGGGAAAUCUGCAAGCGUGUGCUUACUCCUCUUUUAUUUUGUGGUGAACUUGUGAUGACAAACACCGCAAACCACACACAUACUGUAACCAUCAACUCUCACUUCCCCAAACCAAAUGUCUGUCGUAGGACCAAGACUGACUUGCAAGAGGCAGCAUGGUGCCACAAGGCAUCCAGACUGGUGGAAGAUGUCGAAGAAGCUAGGCUAACUGUUAGCUUAUCUGGUAUCUACACUGCAGUUGCGAAACUCUUCUAGUUUUCUUUUGCGUUUGUGUGUGUGUGACGUGUGUGUGUGGUGAAUGACUUGGGAUACACGUUUAACAUACCCCGCACCACACGAUAAUGGCUCAGGGUAUCUUUUAAUUACAUCUAGGUAGAUUACGAUCGGAAGGCGGGAAAGAAAUGCUCUGAUUCAACAGGAUUAUCGCUAUUUGUGUAUCCCGUUUAAAACAGCAAACUAGUUGAGACUGAAUAGACAGCGCCUCCAGUGGCACACCUCAUUGGACAGAAUCAUCAAUUAUCAUGCCUAUCCCUAACACUAGCACCAUAAGUGUAAAAAAAAAAAAUAGUACAGAUAUCAGUAUUCAAUAAUUUCCUCCAUAAGGACAUAUGGGUUCCUACUUACACUUACACUUGGUAGACUGCUGGUGUUGGAUGUCAUCUUUCGAGGAUGUGAGCCUGAGAGGGCUGCGGCUGACUCUCAGAGCUACAGUGGGUACGGAAAGUAUUCAGACCCCCUUAAAUCUUUCACUCUUUUUUAUAUUGCAGCCAUUUUCUAAAAUCAUUUAAGUUAAUUUUUUCCACAGUAAUAUACACACAGCACCCCAUAUUGACAGAAAAAAACUGAAUUGUUAACAUUUUUGAAGAUUUAUUCAAAAGGAAAAACUGAAGUAUUACACAGCCAUAAGUAUUCAGACCCUUUGCUGAGUAUUUAGUAGAAGCACCCUUUUGAGCUAAUGGAGCAAUGAGUCUUUUUGGGAAUGAUGCAGCAAGUUUUUCACACCUGGAUUUGGGAAUCCUUUGCCAUUCCUUGCAGGUCCUCUCCAGUUCUGUCAGGUUGGAUGGUGAACCUUGGUAGGCAGCCAUUUUCAGGUCUUUCCAGAGAUCCUCAAUUGGGUUUAAGUCAGGGCUCUGGCUGGGCCAUUCAAAAACAGUCACGGAGUUAUUUUAGCUGUAUGCUUAGGGUCAUUGUCUUGUUGGAAGGUGAACCUUCAGCCCAGUCUGAGGUCCUGAGCACUCUGGAGAAGGCAUGCUGCCAUCACCAUGCGUCACUGUUUGGACUGUAUUGCUAGAGGACUCUGCAUCUUUUUGCACAAUUGUCAAAAAAAAUAAUAAUAAUUUACCGGAAUUACCAAAUAACUAGCAAUCCUUUAUUGCUCAGUGACUGUUUUUGUCAAUGUCUUUAUGUCUCAAAAGUGUUCUCUGUCAAUUGACUGUCUGUUGUCGUACUAGUGCGGCUCCAACUACCGGAGACAAAUUCCUUGUGUGUUUUUUGGACAUACUUGGCAAAUAAAGAUGACUCUGAUCUGUUCUGUUCUGUUCUGAGGUGAUGAGCAGUGCCCGGUUUUCUCCACACAUGCCCCUUAGACUUAAGGCCAACAAUUUCUAUCUUGGUCUCAUCAGACCAGAGAAUCUUAUUUCUCACCAUCUUGGAGUCAUUCAGGUGUUUUUUUUUUAUCAAACUCCAUGUGGGCUUUCAUGUGUCUUGCACUGAGGAGAGGCUUCUGUCGGGGCACUCAGCCAUAAAGCCCUGACUGGUGGGGGGCUGCAGUGAUGGUUGACUUUCUAAAACUUUCUUCCAUCUCUCGACUGCAUCUCUGGAGCUCAGCCACUGUGAUCUUUAGGUACAUCUUUACCUCUCUCACCAAGGCUCUUCUCUCCCAAUUGCUUAGUUUGGCCGGACGGCCAGCUCUAGGAAGGGUUCUGAUUGUCCCAAACAUCUUCUUAUUAUGGAGACCACUGUGCUCUUAGGAACUUUAAGUGCAGCAGAAAUUUUUUUGUAACCUUGGCCAGGUUUGUGCCUUGCCACAAUUCUGUCUCUGAGCUCUUCAGGAAGUUCCUUUGACCUCAUGAUUCUCAAUUCCUCUGACAUGCACUCUGAGCUGUAAGGUCUUAUUUAGACAGGGGUGUGGCUUUCCUAAUCAAGUCCAAUCAGUAUAAUCAAACACAGCUGGACUGCAAUGAAGGUGUAGAACCAUUUUAAGGAUGAUCAGAAGAAAUGGACAGCACCUGUCACAGUGAAGGGUCUGAAUACUUAUGGCUGUAUGAUAUUUCAGUUUUUCAUUUUUCAUAAAUCAGCACAAAUUUCAACAAUUACGUUUUUUCUGUCAAUAUGGGGUGCUGUGUGUACAUUAAUGAGGGAAAAAAGCGAACUUAAAUGAUUUUAACAAAUGGCUGCAAUAUAACAAAGAGUGAAAUUUUUAAGGGUGUCUGAAAACUUUCCGUACCCAUUGUAUCCAAUCAUUUCAGUCAAAGUACGACACCCAUUUGAAUUAUUCUACUAAAUAUUUUUGCCCUCGCUGCUGUCCCCUUGUUGUCUACCUCCAAAUCAAAUACAAAUGAAAUAUAAGCAUUCUAUAAUAUAGUCGAAUGUAUGUGUCAGGUAUCAAUUAAAGUGAGCUCAUUUUCUGUCUGAUCCAUGCAUCUUUACAUGAGUGUUUGUCUUUUCCAGUGCGAAACACGUUUGAGGGUACACCUGUAUAGGUCAUGCAAAAAGUGGGGCCCUUUCCCCUCAUAGCCCGACAGGGGGCAACCUUCAUUCACACAAGGUCAAUUGUAAUGCAUCCUCAAGUAAUGUGUAUGUACUGAAGCCUACUGGUUUAGGUUUGUCAUCUGCUCACAGUGAUGAUGGAAGAACGAUUUUUCUGUGUGUUUGCAGUCAUUCUUGUUUUGGAUACUCAACAGUGACCCUCUGAGGACUGCAUGGAAUGAAAGUUGAAAGACAGGAUGAUGAAUUUUGUUGUGUUUGCUUUGUUUUUUCUACAUAUUGUACAUAGCAAUUCACUCUUUUUCAAAUAAAAUGAUUGCUUGUGUCGCA